CUUCGGCGCAGACUCUGAAGCGGGAUUUCAGUGGCAAGGAGAUGAAUCUGUUUCGUCGACUUGGGAGUAGAACCAGUUUGUCUAGUUUGUCUAGCUCUGGUUCGAAGACGUGCAUACCUGAAGAUGCACCCCCCGUCCCAGCGGUUCCAGCAGAAUAUCAUAUGACUGCUGCAAAGGGCAGAAAUACCCAGCGUGGUAUUUCACGCCCUGACUCUGGCGAACCGUCUGCCGCCGCAGGCAGAGGCCUGGCAGCAAUGCCAAGCUUCAAUACGCUUGUGGCAACGGGGAGAAGGGACUUCAGAGAUAGAGCCCUCCAUUCCCACCCAGUGGACACAGAGGAGGUGCGGACCUCGAGGGACUCCAGGUUCCCUCUCCGCACCUCCUCGCUUCAGUACCUGGGUGGGAAUGGUGCUACUGCCAUACGUGGACCUACGCGUAUGAGGGCCGCUGAUUCGGUUCCCGAAUUCAGCGAACGGGGGACGGUGCAAGCCCGGCCUGCUACUUCCAGACGCUUCGGCGUUCUGAGAAGCGUACUCGGCUUCCUUGGGAAGUCGAAGGCAAAGGAGGGUAAAACCUCACAGGCAAAUGGCUGGAGGGGCCUUAAACGGCCCUCCAAAAACCCAGCCAGGGGCAAGCAGAUCUCGGCGCCGCGAGAUUUCAUAAAGCUCACGCCGAACUAAGUUCCCCAGGGACUUGGUUCGGUGUGGGAUUUGUGGCCGUCUCCCGUUUCUUCUCUGGGUCCUGGUGUUUUCUGCGGGUUCUUCGUGUUUUCUUUGGUGUUUUCUUUGGUGUUUUCUUUGGUGUUUUCUUUGGUGUUUUCUUUGGUG